GAGUUCAAGGCAAUUAAAGCCAUGGACUAAGGAGGAAAGGAGGGGGUUUAGAAAUACCAGUAUAAUAAGUAGUAUGACUGGAGCGCUCCGUCAAUUAACUCAGUGAGACAAAGCCUGAUUUCACGGGGGAAGGCGGUGAGAAGCGCUACCCUCAUUAAAUCUGGCCAUUAGAGGUGCUUCUAAUGGAAUUAACUUUGUUUUAGUGGUCUGAGUUAUAUAAAGUAGUCUGUGCAUGUGCACGUACACACGUGCACACAGGCAGGUUCUGUAAUUUUUGUGGGUCUUUUUUUCAAGAGGAGAGGAAUAGAACGCGAAACAAAAAUACACCCCCCAAACCGCAAAUCCCCAAGGAACAAAAAUCAAAAACGGGGUGGAUCUCCAGUGCUCAAGAGUGGAAGACAAGAGGAAAGCAGGACAGAGGCGAGGAGUGGAAGGCGCGAGAGAGUCCUCCCGGUUAUAAAGCCAUGAGCCCCCUUCGAUGGGGGCUUCUGCUCGGCUGCCUGGGCUGUGCGCUCCCGCCGCGGGUGCGGGCGCAGUUCCCCCGGGUCUGCAUGACGGUGGGCAGCCUGCAGGCCAAGGAGUGCUGCCCGCCGCUGGGCGCCGACACGGCCGACGUCUGCGGCUCUCGGGAGGGCCGGGGCCAGUGCGCGGAGGUGCAGAUCGACACCAGGCCCUGGAGCGGUCCUUACGUCCUGCGCAACCAGGACGACCGAGAGCGGUGGCCACGGAAGUUCUUCGACCGGACCUGCAGGUGCACAGGAAACUUCGCCGGCUAUAACUGUGGAGACUGCAAGUUUGGCUGGACUGGCCCCAACUGUGAGCAGAAGAAACCCCUGGUUGUCCGGCAGAAUAUCCACUCCUUGACCCCUCAGGAGCGUGAGCAAUUCUUGGGCUCCUUAGACCUCGCAAAGAACACGCCGCAUCCCGACUACGUGAUCACCACGCAACACUGGCUAGGCCUGCUCGGGACCAACGGGACCCAGCCCCAGAUCGCCAACUGCAGCAUCUAUGAUUUCUUUGUGUGGCUCCAUUAUUAUUCCGUUAGAGAUACAUUAUUAGGACCAGGGCGCCCAUACAAGGCCAUAGAUUUCUCACACCAAGGCCCCGCCUUCGUUACCUGGCACCGCUACCAUUUGUUGUGGCUGGAAAGAGAUCUCCAGCGCCUCACUGGCAAUGAGUCCUUUGCUUUGCCCUACUGGAACUUUGCCACCGGGAGGAACGAGUGUGACGUGUGUACAGACCAGCUGCUUGGGGCUGCAAGACAAGAUGAUCCGACUCUGAUUAGUCAAAACUCCCGAUUCUCCAGCUGGGAAAUUGUCUGUGAUAGCUUGGACGACUACAACCGCCGGGUCACCCUGUGUAAUGGAACCUAUGAAGGUUUGCUGAGAAGAAAUCAAGUGGGAAGAAACAGUGAGAAAUUGCCAACUUUAAAAGACAUACAAGAUUGCCUGUCUCUCAAGAAGUUUGACAACCCUCCUUUCUUCCAGAACUCUACCUUUAGCUUCAGGAAUGCCCUGGAAGGAUUUGAUAAAGCAGACGGGACCCUGGACUCUCAAGUGAUGAACCUUCAUAAUUUGGUUCAUUCCUUCCUGAACGGGACAAACGCUUUGCCACAUUCUGCUGCCAAUGAUCCUGUUUUUGUGGUCCUUCAUUCCUUUACUGAUGCCGUUUUUGACGAGUGGAUGAAAAGAUUCAAUCCCCCUGUGGAUGCCUGGCCUCAGGAACUGGCACCCAUUGGUCACAAUCGGAUGUAUAACAUGGUUCCUUUCUUCCCUCCGGUGACUAAUGAGGAACUCUUUUUAACUGCAGACCAGCUUGGCUAUAGCUAUGCCAUUGAUCUGCCAGUUGAAGAAACUUCAGAUUGGACCACAACCCUCUCAGUGCUUAUGGGGAUGCUGGUGGUUUUGGUUGGUCUUUUUGCACUGCUGCUUCUCCUUCAAUAUAGAAGAGUCCGAAAAGGAUAUACACCCUUAAUGGAGACACAAUUAAGCAAGAAGAGAUACACAGAAGAAGCCUAGAUGCUCACGCCUUACCCUAGAGAAGAGGCUGGCCAAGGCUUAGUUCUGACACUGACAGUGAGCAAAUGAAUCCUCACUGUUUUUCCUUUUGUUGAAGAUCUUUGGCGUAGCUCCUCCUGUUGUGGUGAUCCCAAAUACGGAAGACGCUUAGCUGUAGUUUCUGGUUUGCUUUCUUUAUCUCACAAACAAGCUAAAGUGCUUGAGGGUGUCUCUACCAUCAAACAAAGGUAGAGCUGAUGAUGAUUGGUGGUAUUUGUUAAUAAUUCCUCAUUUUGAUUAAGCCUCUUCGUGUUCUGAGAGCACCCCCAAAAAUCGAUAGAGUGGAUUC